CACUCCAAAGUCCAAACUUGUCUUCCUCCAAAAUCCUCGAAGGAAACACACCCACCAAAAACCGGGUAAUGGCGCGCCGGAGAGUUGGGAGGACUAUGAGGUCUCAGUCCGUCCUUCCUCUCCGUGCGGGCCAUCGACUCCCCAAUUCCCUCUCAUGCUGGUUUUGUGACUUUAGGAUUUAUGCCUUUAAUGACCGGCUCUUUUCUUUUGGAUGGCGGCAUGCUAGGUUUCUAAAAGUUUGGUUUGCAAUUGGAGUUGCUUUCAGUUUUGUGGCGUUAAUUGGAUCUAUAAUGAUACUAUUAUGGGAAUUAGCUGGAAAUUUUCAUCUUGGCAGAGAAAUUUCUGUGCAUGAUCAUCGUUCAGUGAAUUGGUUGUUCGGCACCACUUCCUUGGUUCCUGGUUUGAGCCUAUCUGUCAUGGACACUGUCAUCAUUGUCUUCUCUACAUUAUUUUCUGUUGCUAUUCAUGAACUUGGUCAUGCUAUUGCUGCUGCAAGCACAGGUUUACAAAUUGAGUACAUUGCUGUAUUCUUGGCAAUCAUAUUUCCUGGAGCGUUGGUUGCUUUUAAUUAUGACUUGCUGCAGAGUUUACCUCGUUUUUCUAUGCUUAGAAUAUAUUGUGCUGGCAUUUGGCUUAAUGCAGUGUGCUGUGCAGUGUGUGGGUUGUUAAUGUUCUGCCUGCCAUUGUUGUUGUCUCCUCUUUAUAUACAUGAUGAAGGCCCCAUGGUUUUAGAGGUGCCCCCGGUAUCCCCUUUGUCUAAAUAUUUAACUCGUGGGGAUGUUAUACUGUCAGUAGAUGGUGCAAACAUCAGUAAUUCAUAUGAAUGGAUGAAAAACAUGCAAGAGGUAGAUUCCCGAAAGCGUAAUGAUCCUUAUUCAGCGCAAAAUUCGCAUUCUCAAGCAGUCAAUCAUGGCAAGGGUUAUUGUGUCCCUAAUUCUCUGCUGGAAGGGAGCAUGACUCUUUUAGCUGAUGAUCAGUUCUCUUGUCCAGAUGAACUGGCAGCUUUUACAAGCUUAUCCUGUUAUAACUCCAGUUCCUUAAUUGAGAAUAGGAAUGGUGGUAGUGAGAACAAUAAUGGUGGUAGUGAGAACAAUGGAAUGGAAACAAAGCACUGCUUAAUUGCCAAGGAUGUUAUAAAGCUUCGAAAGUGUGGGGAUGGAUGGCUGAUGACUGGCAAAAACAAUUGUGCAUGCUCAGAAGAAGAAUCCUGCAUGAAACCGGUUCUCAUCCCCAGUAUGUCGUGGGUUGAGGUAUCUUAUUCAAGCCCAUACACUCCCCAGUGUUCAAAGCCAAAUGAAAGAUGGCAACUGCAGAGCUAUGAAUCUGGAUUGAUGUCCUGUGGUGGCACUUUUGUGUUUUUAGGCGAUAUACUCACUAUGGCACAUUCUCUCCAGCUAUCAUCUUAUAGGCCUCGGUUGCCUUUUAUGAUUUUCAGUGCUUAUAUACCUGUGUUAUUUGAGAAGAUAUUAGCCUGUACCUUCCAUGUGUCUGCAACUCUGGGUUUUCUUAAUAGCUUGCCGGUGUUUUUUCUAGAUGGUGAAUCCAUCUUAGAGACAGGUCUUUGCUACAUCACUUGGCUUAAUACAAAGUGCCGGCGCAGAGUGCUUCAGUUUUGUCUUGUUGGAGGAACUCUGCUAUCCACAAUUGUCUUUCUUUGGACCUUUUAUUGUGUUCUUGUGAUCCAUAAUUAGCUUCCUUCAAUACAUUCUCAGAUUUCCUGUUGACUUCUCCUUUCAAAUUUCUCUGAAAUGGGUUGAUCUGAAGAAUCGGAAAGUGGGCGGAUCAACAUCUCAAUCUGAAACCUUAAUAUGAUGAUUUAAGCUUCAUAUAUGGCUUGUUCAGAUAUACGGCCUGGUCUCUUGCAAUAAUAUUGUGUUAUUUUAGGUCUGUCCCCUCUUUGUUCUAAUCAUUUUGUUUGUGCAUGUAUGUUGAUCUCCCACUUUGUUAAACUUGUGAUUAAUAUUUUGCCUCCCUUUUGGAUGAUUAAUGUUAAUUUUGGUGGUAUAUUUUACUUAUGUUUCAAAUGUAUGUAAGAACCCUUCACAUUAUCAAAUCAAAUUGCUGACGUUUGG